UCAACACGACACGCCUCCUCUCCGGUACACGAUCACGGCUCAAACUCUACAAAUGGGGAUGCGGUGAAAAGAGUUUUGAAAAGUUUUGCAGAUGACGAAGAAACUCACACAAGGGGAAUAAUCAUUUAUGACUUAAAUGGCGGAAGAACUGUUACAGGGAAACAAUGAAAAACUCACCUCGCAUCUUACAAAGCCUCUGCUGGCAGUGGCUUUCCUGGCCUCAUUUGGCAGCUCUAUGCUCUAUGGCUAUAACUUGGCCGUUGUCAACUCUCCUGCAAAGUACAUCAAAGACUUCUACAAUGAGACAUUAUUAGAAAGUCAUGGCUUGACUCCGGAUGGGCAUCUUCUUACCGUCUUGUACUCUCUUACUGUGUCAAUCUUUGCCAUUGGUGGAAUGACCGGAGCACUGCUGGUGGGCAGACUAGUUACCAAAUAUGGAAGGAAAGGGACUCUGGUGAGAUCCACUGCACUUGUUUUUAUGGGCGGAGCUCUGAUGGGCUUUAGCAGAUGGUGCAGAAUUCCUGAGAUGGUCAUCAUUGGGCGUUUCAUCACAGGAGUACAUUCAGGGAUUUCUCUCAGUGUGGUGCCGAUGUACCUCGGUGAGAUCGCUCCUAAGAAUUUGCGAGGCUUCCUGGGCCUUGUUCCCAGCAUUCACAUUUGUCUUGGAGUUUUCAUCGCUCAGGUCCUGGGGCUCUCGGCGAUACUGGGAAAGGAAGAGCACUGGCCUCUGCUUUUGUCUCUUGUGGCGGUUCCUACCAUGGUCCAGCUGAUACUGUUGCCAUGGUUUCCAGAGAGUCCACGAUAUCUGCUAAUAGAGAGAGGAGAUGUGCAUGCCACCAUUGCAGCCCUAAAGUGGUUCCGUACUAAAGGAAACAUUCAGGCUGAGGUUGAAGAGAUGCAGGAGGAGCAACGCUCUUUGUCCUCCAUGCAGACCCUCUCUGUCUGCAGCCUCCUCAUGGACAGCUGUGUCCGCUGGCAGGUCCUCACUGUUGCAGUGGUCAACAUCGGCAUGCAGCUGUCUGGGAUUGAUGCCAUCUGGUUCUAUACAAAUGACAUUUUUAGGAAUGCAGGAAUCGCAGACCCUUAUAUUCAGUACACAACAGUGGGAACUGGGGCCAUUGAGGUCAUCUCAGGGAUGCUGGGGUGUUUCACUAUUGAGCGUCUGGGCAGAAGACCACUGAUGAUUGGUGGUUUCCUUUUUAUGGGACUGUGCUGUGCCGGAAUCACUGUGUCUGUCCUCUUCCAGCCGCAGUUGUCCUACAUGCGCUACAUCAGUGUGGGCUGUGUUAUUGGGAUUAUUGCUGGCUUCUGCAUAGGUCCAGCGGGUGUGCCUUUCCUGAUCACUACGGAGCUGUUUAAGCAGUCUCAUCGACCGGCUGCGUACACCGUAGCUGGUUGCCUCAACUGGAUGUCCAACUUCACCAUUGGUUUUGUCUUUCCCUUCUUAGAGAUUGCUACAGGUCCUUUCUGUUACCUGAUCUUCUGUGUGGUCUGCUUGGGAGUGGCUGUCUAUACCUUCUUCAUCAUUCCAGAGACCAAGAACAAAACUUUCUUGGAGAUCAGCCAGAUGUUUGCCACCAAGAAUGAGAUCUGUGAAGAAGAGCUGUAUCCAAAUAGUGAACUAAAAAUGGCUCUGAUGAACGGCUAUGGAACCCUCGACUUCCAUAACAAAAAAUAGGAAUUCAGCCAGUUGAAUAGGAGCUCAACCAACACUGUCAGUGAUACAGACAAGGAACUGUCAGAUCAGCUGCUUCGUGCAAAUUGUCACUGCAUACAGUUAUGGUCAGAAGUUUACAUACUCUUCAUGGGCAUGAAUGUCAUGGUAAUUUUGGACUUUUAAUGACUCCUUUGAAUUGUUCUUUUUUUAAGGUUGGAAUGAUUGUAUGGCAAACAUUUUUAAUGCUUUUAGAAAAUAUGAACUGGGGACACAGUUGUGAAUUCAUGUUGUAUUUUCUCAAAUCCACUCAAAAUUAAAAGUAUGCAUACAGACUCAAAAAUAUACAUAUAUCCCCACUAAUAUUUGAUUAAACGUCCUUUAGUGGGUUGGACCUUUUGUAGAUGCCUUUGGUAACCAGAAUUAUGCUUCUGUCAUAACUCGUACUGGACAUUUGAUCUUUCUUCUUGACAGAACUGGUAGAUUUAAUUUAAACUGGUUUCUUGAUGUGGUAAUAGCUUUUAACCAUAGUCUAUGGAGGAGGUGGGGGCUUUGGGAAGGCCAUUCCAGAAUCUUAAUGUUAGCGUCCUGUAUCCAUUCCAAAACCAGUUUUAAUGUGUGUUUGGGAUCAUUGUCCUGUUGAAACAUCCAACUGUAUCAAAGUUUUAACUGAA